AUGAUUUCCCGCCAGCCAUACGCGCCUACACCACAUAGCUAUGUUCCCAACACUACACUCUCAGCUACGAUAAACUUGGAUGAAGAAGUGAAGCUCGCCAACACCCGGGCUGAGCGUGACCUCCAGGACUCAUUAGCCGAGAUCUUCAGUAUUAUCGUCACUCUGGAUGAGCUGGAAAAGGCAUUCCUGAAAGAUGCCAUCCCCGAGGCCGAUUAUACUGAGAUCUGUGAGAGAUCGCUAAAGCAGUACAAAUCGCUUGUCGCUGACGAGACUGUCGCCAAGGCAUUCGUUGGCUUGGAGGAGUUCAAGGCCAAGUGGGAUCUCGAGGUUCCUCGCGCAACCGAACGCAUCCGCGUCGGCAUGCCCUCAACGGCCGUCAACGCCUCCUCCGGUCCAGCACCCGCCACAGUUGCCGCUUCUGGAGGCACGAGCGGCACUCUCAUUCUCGAAGCCACUCAGGACUUCAUCACAUUCCUUGAUGCCUUGCGUCUUGGUCUAUUGGCCAAGGAUCAGCUGCACCCUCUUCUAACAGACGUGAUCCAGUCGGUGAACAAGGUGACGGACAGGGACUUUGACAAUAGGGGCAAGAUUGUGCAAUGGCUGAUCACCCUUAACCAGAUGAAGGCGACGGAAGAGCUGAGCGAGGAGCAGGCCAGGGAGUUGGAACUGGAUAUCAACUCGGCGUAUCAGGGCUUCAAGAGCACACUUACGUAGAGCCAGUCGUGUUACAGGAUUUUGACGGGUAUCUAGCAGUAUUGAGCAUCGCUACACCAAGAACGUCCAAAAGCUAGGAUAAACAAAUUCCUCCUCAA